CUCAAUAAAAUAGGGUCUGUAAUUUGGUUUCUACACAUUUCGUUCCGUCUUGAGAUCAGAUUAAAUCGAACUUGUCGUCUGUUACUUGGUUUCUACACACUCGAAUACAUCUAGAUACCAGACACAAACAAACAGGGUCUGUUAUUUGGUUGCUACAUAUUUCACUAUCUAUAUCGAACAGAGUGUGUUAUAAUUUUAUUAUGGAUGCGUUAUUUGUUUCCAGAGACAUCCCUUAAAGGUGUGAAUCUGAAUUUGGAGAGGUAUCUUAAUACGUUCGAAAAAUGUAAAAUUGUUUUAGUGUCAUGUUCCCUUAACAUUUUAAAGAUUAAUUUCCGGGCUUAUUCAGCAACGCUUUGGUUCCUGCACUACUGAAUUUGUUCUUUGUGUUAGGGACUUUUCUCUUGAAAUGAUGAAAGGCGGAGAAGAGAUCACAGAUGAUGAAUAUUUAGAACAUUGUCUUGAGAGUAUCGCCGGAGAUCGUGAGGUUACAGAACAAACCAACAAAACAAGAACGUUCUUAAAGCGAAAGUUUCCGGUCAGAAAGUGUUUUACUUUUGACAGGCCUGCUGGGAGAAAAAAACUGCGGGAACUUGAAUCACUUAGGGAUAAAGAUUUAAGUGAAGCAUUUAUAGAAGAUGCAGACAAGUUUGUGAGAUAUAUUUAUGGAAGAAAGCCAAAACUGCUGCCGGAGAGGGUCGCUGUUGAUGGCAAGAUUUUCUCGUGUAUGUUGGUGCAGCAUGUUGAUUCGCUUACGGCAGGAGCUAUUCCGGAUAUACAGGAUGCUUUGACCAGGGUAGUUGAGAAAGAAAAUAAAGAACUUGUAAGAAUUACAAAGGCAGCUUACAGUCAAGAGAUGUAUGUUUUGAGAUCUAAACCAAUGAGUUCUGCAAGCUUUAAUGAGAAAUCUGACCAAAUUAUUCAAAGUCUGAUGGAUGAGUUUAGGGAAAAAGUAAGGUUUGACAGCUAUCACAAAUUUGAAAAUCUGGCAAAGAACAGUUUAGAAAUGAUAAAAGAAUCAUCAAGACACAAGAAUUCAAAAAAGAUUUUCAAGCAUUGCUAUUCGGUUGUGAAAAAGUUAUAUGACGAGCGUAUCAGAGAUGGAAGUCAGUUCUUCACAAUAGGAGGUCAUCAGGACUAUAGAGAAGAAAUAGAACAAUUAAAAGAGCAAUAUGACCAGGAAUGCAGACAUUUAGACUACAAACAGGCUGAUUGGGCAUUCAUGGCUUUAAUAAAUGAAAGGUCAACAACGGAAAGAAAUAUUGUCAUGGAGGACUGUAAACUGAGGAAGGAAAAAGAUUAUCAUAACAUAGACCAACUGCGAAGAGAACAGGAAAAUCAAAGACUUGAAGCGAGAAGAAAGGUUGAAACAUUCCAGCAACAAGAAGAAGUUAACAGGGAACGUGAUAAAGAAGCUCAAAGACAAGAAUUUAAUCAAAGAGACAAAGCACUUGAUGCUUAUGCAACGGAAACAAGAAACAGGCUACCUCCUGGUUACUAGUAUUUUCCAUAGACUGAUGGUCGAAAUGUAAACAGUAGUAGGCCUACCGUUUUGAUCAGUGGAUAUAAUUGUUAAGAUAAUAAAGUAUUAAACAAUACUUACUCAUCAACGUUUUCUGGACUGAAAUAAUCCCUGAUUUUAGUAUUGCUCUAUGGUAAUUACUGUGACAUGCUCAGUGACAUGUUCAAAUUUUUAGUUGUAUAGUAUUUAAAAAAAACUGCGAUUGUCGUAUGCUUGCAAACAGCAUUUUGUUCCAAUUUAAAUUCCCUGAUCUAAAAGUAUUAUUUUGUAAAUAGUUUCUGUUGUAGACUGGUAAAAACUGUCAUCAUUUCUGAGUAUCGAGUUCAAAUUGUUGUGAAUUAUUUUCAUGCAUUCAUUAAAUUUAAAUGGAAAUAUACUUUUGAUUUU